UUCUGGGGCUCGUCGCCGGCGUCGCCGCGGACCCAAAGCCCUUUGCCUGCUGUGAUGAAGUGGGAAGGGGUCGCGUCUGCUGACAGCGGUUGCGGGAGCAGCAGGAGGCUCUGGCUGCUCACUGAGUAGUGAGGCCAGUCACGAGCCCCGGGCAUGGAGGGACGCAGUCACCCGGAGCGAGCCCAUCCCUGGCUAAGGGGCACUGCUGGGGCUGAGCUGUAGAAAUUCUGCCCCCGGCCUUGGACUGACUGAUGGUCAUUUCCACCCUUCUUACAGCAGAGUGGAAGAAACUGCAGCGAGGCCCAGUUCGGGUGGGCUCCCAGCCUGGACCUCACCAGCCCUCAGGCUCCACGUCGUCUGGCUGAUGCUGCUCCUGCAUCCUAAGCCGUCCUGGGGGCAUAGCCUGAAGCCCUCCUUGCCCCCCAUUGUGCCAGACCGGCCCUUUCUGGUGGCCUGGAACGCCCCCACAGCUCGGUGCCAGAGCGCCUACCAUGUGCCCCUCAGCGUGGCCUCUUUCUGGCUCCUGGCAAACAGGCAGGAACACUUCAUCGGUGGGAACGUCACCAUCUUCUACUACGACCAGCUGGGUCUGUACCCCUACUACCUGAGCACCGCCACACCCCCCGUGGCCGUCAACGGCGGCUGCCCCCAGAACGCCAGCCUGCCACACCACCUGGACAAGAUGGCCGACGACAUCGCCACGGCCGUGCCCUCCCCCUCCUUCGCUGGCCUGUCGGUGAUCGACUGGGAGAACUGGAGGCCCAAGUGGAUCCGGAACUGGGCCAAGAAGAAGGUCUAUCGAGAGAUGUCUGCCUGGCUGGUCCGGCAGAGGAACCCCGACUGGUCCAACAAGCAGGUGGAGAAGGUGGCCAAGUGGGAGUGGGAGACGGCUGCAGCCAGGUUCAUGGUGGAGACCCUCAAGCUGGCGCGGUCGCUGCGCCCGGAGGGCUGGUGGGGUUACUACCUCUUCCCCGAAUGCUACAACUACCACUACUGGGGUGACUUUGAGAACUUCACUGGGGGCUGCCCCCAGGUGGAGGUGCAACGCAACAACCAGCUGCAGUGGCUGUGGGAGCAGAGCAAGGCCCUCUACCCCUCCAUCUACAUGGAGGAGGUGCUGAAGGACUCCCCGCAGGGCAAGAAGUUCGUGCGGGCCAAGCUGCGUGAAGCACUGCGAGUGGCUCAGCUGCCCUCCGCCAACCACUCCCUCCCGCUUUUCGCCUACGCCCGGCCCUUCUACACCUACACCCUGAAGGAGCUAACCCAGACAGACCUGGCAAACACGAUCGGGCAGGCGGCAGCGCUGGGGGCUCAUGGGAUCGUUCUCUGGGGAGCACAUCUGUGCGAAGAUCCAGAAAUACCUGACUACCACCCUCGGCCCUUACAUCGUCAACGUGACCACGGCAGCCAAACUCUGCAGCCGGUUCGUCUGCAACAACCAUGGCCGCUGCUUUCGCAGGCAGGCAGACUCGGACAGCUACCUGCACCUGGACGCGAGCUCCUUCCAGAUCCACGUGGAGAGCGCCGCCCACGGACCCCGUGUGUCUGUAAAAGGAGUCCUGACCUCCCAGCAGAAGGGCAGGAUGAGGCAAGAGUUCCUGUGUCACUGCUACCGGGGCUGGAGGGGGAAACAUUGCCGCUCCCGGGGGCAGAGCCACCAGCUUUGCGCAUGGGACUUGCGCAUCCCUGUCUUGGUGGUGGCUGCAAUAUGGACGUGGGACAUGUGAUCCACUUUUGCGACAUCUUCCAUGUGAAUUUGUGAAGCCAGUGAUGUGACGUGAACCCUGGAAAAGGAAGGACGAGGAAGGAGGGAAAACAGCAGCAGGUUCUGCACAUUGGCAAGAGGACUGGAAAGUUUCCAGACAUCCUACCAGCUCCCAUGACCCCCCUAUACAUGACCCCUCCCUCCUCAAAGGGGGUCAUGCAGCAGAGAGCAGGUAUGGUUUUUUUCCCAGCAUUGUUUGCAGGGUGCUAGCACAUUCUUCACUUAGGUCAGUGACUUUCUACCAGCAUGGCAGCUUUAAAAACACUAGGGUGCAAUUUUUCCAGCCAGAUAAAGAACAGUUUUCUAUUGCUCCUUUUUAAAACCUCACGCUAGUCAGGAGUAGCCGUUUACAGUAGGGUUAACCAAUGCCCACACUCUUGCCUCUGGGAACCAUCAAUAUAUUUAAAUACAUUCCUAUUUAUAUGCAGAAGGGACUUUUCCUACUCAGAUCAUUUUUAGGUGCCUUCCCAAAGGGGCUGGUGCUAUUUUAACUCCUGGAUGUGCGUGUGGUCUUGCAUUCCCUUUACGGGAGACUGAGUUGAGUUGAUUUUUCUUCAUUAAAUAUUUUCCAUGUGACUACCAUGUGGUGGCGUACAGGCCUGGCCCCUGAAUUCUCCAUCUGCCCUCUGAACGAUUUCCAACCUGCACAAGGGGCCUAGCUCGGGAGGUAACAGGGAAGGGGCAUCCUAUCCUUAGGAACUGCCAUAGGAUUGGGGAGGAGACUUUCCAAGGCCAGUCAACCACUCAACUCCCCUCGAAUGUCAACGGGCCUUGGGUGUUGACUUUCCUGAGGUGCCUUUGAACAUCCCAGCCUAAGCUCUCUUCCCACAGGCUACACCCCCUGCAACUAGCAAAGGCUGAGUGGUCUGAGUCAGACGAAUUCUUUACUCAUCUACCCAGAAGUUUGCCUUUGACUCCAUCCAAGGCAGCCCAGCAUCAGCCAACACUUGGGCCAGGCCCCUGUAGACAUAACUACAUCAGUCGAGGGUAAGAAAAAAUUGCUCUCCGCUCCCCAGCCAACAUAGCUGUGCUGGUGAAGCCCUCAGCCUGGACUUAGCUGCACCCCACAACAGAGCUGCUGGUGUUUGGGGAAGCAUGUCCCCAUCCUGCCAGAGAAAACCCUUCUCCUACCAUCCACUGUGUGUCCACGAGGGCUCUGUAGACAAAGGGCCCACAGGCAAUAGCGUUUGAGGCGGAGAAUGCAAGAUUUCCUUUCACUUUGGGGAUGGCCCCAGAGAGUCAAUGAAAACGUUCGACACAGUUAGCCACAGUCGGCGUCUUUAUACCAUCUGACACCUUGUGCUCCUGCCAGGCCAGGCGACAUCAGGCAGCACUGGGAGGGACAGGGCGGAAAACAUGAGAACUGGGGGCGGGGUUUACGGAAGGAGAGGGAAGGGAAGAACUAAGGAGUCUGGGUGGUAAGACGGUUCCUCCGUGAAGGAAUACAGACGAGGCAUUGUGCAAUGUCAGCGGGACCCCUGCAGGGAGAUCUGACCCGCUGCUAUUUCCAGUUACUGCCUUCCUAGCAAUCAGACAUGCGGUGUGGUGGCAGCAGUGGCAUGACAUUUUAUGCUGCCUCUGCUGGAGCCAGUCACCUC